CUCUCUCUCCUGCACCAGCUGACCGGUGAAUCACAUGACGGCUCGUCGACGCUCUCUCUACCCGCAGACAGAGCUCUGCUGCCGGGGGGACUUUCUGCUGCUGCUCCGCCUGUGGAGAACACGGACCAGAAGGGAAAAUGUCUGCAGUGACGCUGAGGGAAUGGCGAGACCGGAUCAGCAAAGAGCUGGACAGUGUGGUCGACUUCUGGCUGAAAUACUCUCACGACACGGUUCAUGGAGGUUUCUUCACGUGUCUUGGGAGGGACGGGACGGUUUACGAUGAGCUGAAGUACGUCUGGCUGCAGGGAAGACAGGUCUGGAUGUACUGUCGUCUGUACAGGACUGUAGAUCGUUUCCACAGACCUGAAAUCCUGGAGGCAGCUAAAGCUGGUGGAUCAUUCCUCAGAAAGUUUGCCCGUGUUCCCAGCAGCGGCAGCGGUCCGUGGAAAUGUGCCUUCUGUCUGACCAGAGACGGUCGAGCGGUGAAAGUUCAGAGGACGAUCUUCAGUGAGUGUUUCUACAUCAUGGCCAUGGACGAGCUGAGCAGAGUCACCGGGGACGCGGACAUGCAGCUGGAGGCUGAACAGAUGAUGGAGCAACUAAUCUUCUGGGUUCGGGAGGACUCUUCAGGUCUGGGUCGGCCGCAGCUUCCCGGAGACGCUCCCACCAACAGCAUGGCGGUUCCCAUGAUGCUCCUGUGUCUGGUUCAGCAGUUGACUGAGGGCCGGGGGCCGGAGAUGGUGCAGAAGUACAGAGAGCUGGGCAGCUGGUGUGUAAAACAGAUCCUACAACACAUCCAGAGAGACGGCACGGCGAUUUUAGAGAACGUUUCCACAGAGGGAGCAGAGCUGCCGGGAUGCCAGGGCCGCCUGCAGAACCCAGGCCAUGCUCUGGAGGCCGGCUGGUUCCUGCUGCAGUUCAGCGCAGAGCGAGGAGACGACGCACUCCAGCAGACCGCCAUUGACAAGUUUGUGGAGCUUCCUUUUCAGCGGGGCUGGGAUGAAGAGCACGGCGGGCUGUUCUACUUCCUGGAUGUGGACGGUCACUGUCCCACACAGUUGGAGUGGAGCAUGAAGCUGUGGUGGCCACACUGUGAAGCUCUCAUCGCCUUCCUGAUGGCCUACAGUCAAACCAAGAGACCGCAGCUGCUCCACACAUUCUCUCAGGUUUAUGACUACACAUUUAAACAUUUCCCAGAUGCUGAAGGUGGUGAGUGGUUUGGAUAUUUGACUCAAGAAGGGAAAGUUGCUCUGGAUUUUAAAGGAGGCCCCUUUAAAGGUCUCUUCCACGUCCCUCGCUGUCUGUACAUGUGUGAGCGUCUCCUCAAUGAUCUGCUGGCUAACACGGACUGAUCGUUCUUUCAUGACUCCUAUAAAUAAUCCCUAAAUCUGAUCCAUGUGUCUGUUUCACAAUAUGAAGCAGGAUUGCUCUAAAUCUCAAACAUGCACCAAGUUGCUGGUUUUCAUCUUCUAACGGUGGUCACUGAGUGCUCGUUAGAGCCAUAUUAUGCCAUAAAUCUUUGUUAUUCUUUAUAGUUUUUACUCCAGCAGCGUUUUUUAUUAUUACUACUGCACAUCUAAACAAAUCCAUGUAUCUCUUCUGUCAUAUGAUGAUUGUAAUGAAUAUUUUUAAUCUUUGCACUCAUUCACAGCCUGUUUAUUCUCCAGUGAUGCCAUUCCAAAUAUUGUUAACUUUAUUGACACCCAUUUAUUGAUUUUAUGAAUGUCCUUUUGCAUUAAUGCCAGCAUAAUUUUAUUAAUAUCAAUAAAUAUAUUUUGUCAUGUAUUAUAAAUAUAGUGAAAUUAAAAGGGUAAGGAAUUAUUGUUCUGUUUGGUAUAAAAACGUGCCUUUAAAAUGCACUCUGAGCCUUUAAAAGAGUGUGUAUCUUUACAUCUGAUUCAUUCCUUUUAUACAGCUAGUUUAGCAGUUUAUGUCUGUUUUAGUCUGUACGUUUAUACGGUGAUAUUGUUACACAUUCAUGAACUGUAUGUGUGUAAAGGGAAUUAAAGUUGCAGUGUUUUAGAGUUAGUGAAAUGCUCUUCAUCUAUAGACUGACAGGCCAGUACAUUAAACAUUUUUAUGAAAGAA